UUUUGAUUGAGAGCGCCAUGCAGCGAACGCUGCGGCAGUCGCGGCAGUCGGGGGUGCUGAACCUGUCUGCGCGCGAUCUAAAAGACAUCCCUGAGGCAGUGUUCUAUCCGACUAAGUGCAUGGAGUCAGUACGUUGCCGCAAGGUGACGAUGUAAGAUCACGGACUCGCAUGUGGUCUUCACAGGAUGAAAACCUAUGGGAAUGCCGAGACCUUGUAAAGCUUGAUUUGAGCUACAACGAUCUCGUGACGGUCCCGCAAGACGUCGAACACCUCCAAGCACUGACGUGGCUCAAGUUGAAGCAAAAUCAGCUCACGGACGUGCCACCUCAGCUUGGUUCUUUAACAUCCCUGGUGAAUUUGGACUUGAGCAAGUGCGCAAUGCACGAUAUCGCACGACCUCAUAUCACUCACUCGUUCUGUUUUAUCCCUAGCAACAAACUCACGCAAGCACCAGCAUUCCUCGGACUACUUGUUCAGCUCCGCGAGCUUUCGCUUAGCGCCAACGGACUUAGGUCGCUUCCCGACGACUUUCAACACCUCGGGCAGCUCGAGAUUUUGUCGAUCCACGAAAAUGAGCUCACCCACCUCCCCAGAUCUAUUGAGAAUCUCGCUAAGUUGCGCGAGCUCAGUGCCCAUCAGAACGCGCUUGUGUCGUUGCCUCCACUGUCGUCGCUCGUGCUUCUCGAGACGUUGAAUUUAAGCAAGAACAAACUCACAGAAGUUCCAUCACUGGAGCCCUUGUCUCGUUUGAAGUCCUUGGAUCUGCGACAGAAUCGUCUGAACAUCAUGCCUCUCCUGCCGUCGCCGUCCGUGCUGGCCAUCGUGUUCCUGGGCCACAACCGCCUGCACACGUUGGACCAACUCGACAAGCUCGCACCUGCUCUGACUGUCUUGGACGUUCGGUGCAACCAACUCGAAGUCGUCCCUUCCACCAUCGCAUCUCUCGUCCACCUCAAGUCGUUGGAUGUCUCCAACAACAACUUGGCUGAGCUGCCGAACGAGUUAGGCCGGUUGGCCUCACUGAACCAUGUGCUCUUGGACGGCAAUCCACUUCGAUCGAUACGCCGAUCUGUUAUUGCUGGCGGAUGUGUCGCAUUGAAGAACUACCUCGCCGCACGAGACUCCCAAUCGAGUCAGUCGCCCAUGGAAGCUGCGACGGUAUCCAUCGAUGGUGCUGGCAUCCCAGACUACUUGCUUCGUGACGGCUGUGCAUCGGGCGUACUUGAUCUCACGAAUCGACGGAUGCUCGAUAUAUCCCAGGUUGCGAUGGCGCCCCGCCUUGGCGCGACCUUGGUGCAUUUGAAUGUAUCGCAGAACGGACUCAAGGAAUUGCCAGCCAACCUCAACAACCUGCACUUGCUUCAGUCGCUGACAGCUGAAGACAAUUACCUCACGCACGUACCCGUGGAUGUCGCCGAAUUGACUCGUUUGCGGUCCCUGCGGUUGCAGAAGAAUCGCCUGACUGACUCUGCGAUCCGCACAAUUAUCGAGUCGACAGCACCAAUCCGAUACACGUUGGUGGAGUUAGACCUGCGACACAAUAAUUUGACGGCGGUGCCGCCUGGUCUGUCGGCAUUUCAAGCGCUCGACACGCUCCUCCUCUCGUUCAACAAAAUCACAACGCUGGACGGUGUGCAAUGGACCAACAUGACCAAGCUGACGACGCUUCUGGUCUCCAACAACCUCCUGGCGUCCCUCGGAUCUGUCCAUGAAGCGCCGUCGUUGACAUCGUUCAAUGUUGAAAACAACGACCUCAGCCACAUCCCGUCUGCCCUCGGCAGGGCGCCGCACCUCAACUUGUUGAACAUUCAAGGCAAUCCGCAACGACAGAUUCGGUCCACACUUGUCCUGCGCGGUCCGCAAGCCGUCGUCCAGUUCCUCCGGGAGCUGGAAACCCCUCCGAUCUCAACGGCAGCAUCGAAACGAACUGUGGACAACAUGGAUGGCUUGGCGGACGUGAAGUCACCCCCAAAGAAAAAGUCCUUUCAGCCAGUUGGCGCCACGGUUGUGCCUCAAACACCUGCAAGGCCAGUCCGAUUAGAAUCCCUGAACCAACAAAUUCGGGCUGCCGAAGAGGAACUAGACGGGUUUGGGGUGUCAAAUGCCAGAGCAGCUGCGUUGAAGAAGGAACUGGCCAACUUACGGGCUCAACAGCAGCGCAUGGCGAGUGAUCCGUCCUAGCGAGUCGCAUGUCAUUCGUCAACGAUUGAAUUGAGCACCGCGUCCAGAGAUGUCGACUUGGCGUGUGGGGCCACAAAUCCACCACCACUUGAGAAAUGAACCUACA